UCGUCUGCUACCAAUUUCUCAAUGGACUCUGCAAUUUACUUCCAACCCUAAGCACGAAACUGUACUCCAAAGAAAAAUCUCACAGCUAUUAUUUCUAUUUCUAUGGCCUUCAAUUUGGGAACUCCUGCUGCUUCCACCACUACACUUCGCCCAAAACCCUUAAUUUCUCCCAAGAUUUUCAGCCAGAAAAGUGCCUUGAAGCCCCUCGACGCACCGUCGUCCUGUCUCAAGGCUGCUGCGGCUGUAUCCGAAGGAACAGAGAGCAGAGUCGACGAGGAUGAUCCGACGACCUAUUCCGUUAAGGAGUCAUCUGCUCGAAUGCAACUAGAUCUCUUGGAAAGGCUCACUUCGAGUGGAUCACCAGUCGAUGGUUAUGAGAGUGACGGAAGCACCUUCAGGGCAGCGACAAUAAGGGAACAGCUCGCUAAUUUGGUAGGAGACCGCGACGACGAUUUCAGCAUUCCUCUUGGCAAGAAUCUGAAGAAGGUGACUGACAAAUUCUUGACCAUAUCCCAGAAGAGAAACAUUCGAAGGCAGUCUUAUUUGAAAGAGGUAUCCCAGAGAAACGACUCUACUUUCUUCGCCACCAUUGGCGCAUUUGUUAUCCUCCCGCCUGUUGUUAUAUUAGGAGUCGCCAUUGCAACAGGUUAUGUGCAACUUUUCCCGUGACGCGAACUCUGUACAUACUUCAUAUAUAUAGGAAAUACAUAGAGUAGGUUAGAAAAUACAGUCUUAUUAUUAUACCUUUUACUGUUUGUAAAGUCUAAGGUGGUAAGAAACUCCGCAAAGAUAUCUAAAUGUUAUUGAAUUUAUGAA